GUCGCAUUACCAACCGUUACCCGAACUUUUUGGCUUUAAUCGUUGCUUGCCUUGGAGUGGAAAGUUCCCAACCGAAACCGCCCCUCCUACUACUAAGAUCUAUGAUAGCAACCAUGUACAAAUUGACAAGAGUCAACUAAGAGUCCUUCACACGCUUCAGGAUCCUGCGCAGCUGAAAAUGACCACCGGCGUGGAGCGACUAUUCGACCAACUUGGACACUUUAACAGGUUUCAGGCAUGUCUUUACUUUGCUGCUAUUUUCCAGGCCAUCUCUUGUGGAAUACAUUACCUGGCCUCGGUUUUCCUAGUUGAAACACCUAAAUUUCUUUGUGACUCUCCUUCAAAUAUCACAGAUGUUCUAUAUAGGAAUCACUCAUCGACGUCACUGGCAGAUAUAUGGACUCAUUACAAGCCAGGUGAUGGACCAGUGGUUGUACAGACAGCUGGAGGAGACCAGUGGGAACUUAGUCCUUGUUUAAAAGCUCUGCGGCUUGAUGCCAUCAAUUUUCAAUAUGAGUUUUUUGGGAACAAGACUGUGGAGUCAUGUGCUGGCUUUGUCUAUGAUCACAGCGAGGUUGAGCAGAGCAUCGUAACAGACUGGGACCUGGUGUGUGAAAAGGAAUGGCUGGCCAAACUUACACAGCCAACUUUUAUGCUGGGUGUUUUGAUUGGAGCAUUGGUGUUUGGAGACGUCGCAGACAGAAUUGGUAGGCGCCCCAUUUUGAUGGCUACCAGCUUGUGCCAGUUUAUUUUUGGGGUCACUGUAGCAUUCACAGGGAACUACUACCUCUUUGUGUUGAUGCGUUUCCUUCUUGCAUUGGUGUCAAGUGGGUAUCUGGUUGUAGUCUUUGUGUAUGUAACCGAGUUUACAGGAAUUAAGGUGCGCACAUGGACCUCUAUGCAUGUGCAUGCAGCCUUUGCUGUGGGCAUCAUGGUAGUGGCUCUAGUGGGGUACCUUGUUCGUGUCUGGUGGAUCUACCAGAUCAUCCUCACCCUCAGUACCUCUCCAUUCUUGCUCUACUGCUGGAAGUUUCCAGAAACACCCUUCUACCUAAUGGCUAAAGGCCGGUACACGGAGGCCCAGGAGCUGCUGGACAGUAUGGCUUACUUCAAUGGUCUGCCACCCACCCUUAAGGUGUCAGAGCUAAAGGAUGAAUGUGAUGGAGGACUGCUGAAUGAGCAGGAAGAUGGAAGAACAAUGCUAGUCGAGAAGAGGCUUAGCAUCCUGGAUAUGUUUGGAAGCUUGAAAAUGGCUGGUCGCAGCGCCACAUGCUGGGCUAUCUGGUUCAUUGGAAGCUUGGGAUACUAUGUCUUUAGCCUCGGGUCUGUCAACCUAGGAGGAAAUCAGUAUAUCAACCUCUUCCUGGCUGGUGCUGUUGAGGUUCCGUCAUACUUGAUUGGCUGCAUUGCAAUGGAUCGGGUUGGCAGGAAGAAGACAUGUGCCCCGGCUCUGCUGCUUGGUGGAGUAGCUUGUAUGCUUAUUAUUGUGGUGCCCCAGGAUAUUGAGAUAUUGGCUAUAGUCCUGAGUAUGACAGGGAAAUUCGCUAUUGCCAUUGCAUUUGGUCUGAUUUACUUGUACACCUGUGAGCUUUACCCAACAAUCAUCAGGUCCCUGGCUGUUGGCAGUGGUAGUAUGAUGUGUCGGGUGGGAAGUGUGGUGGCUCCCUUCUGUGUUUACCUUGCCGACAUCUGGAUCUAUCUGCCUCAGCUCAUUGUGGGAAUUCUGGCCUUCAUCAUUGGGCUCCUGACCAUGUUUCUGCCAGAAACUCUGGGACAGCCCCUCACCUCAACUUUAGAAGAAGCUGAAGCUCUAGGCUCCAAGCCCAACAUGAAGAACGCUGCUGUGGAUGCACAAGAGAUGAACCAAACCCUCAAAGUCUAAAUCCAUAUUAACUUAGGAUUCCUGAAAGUGCCUCUACUGACUAAAAACACUACAUACUCCAAUAUACAAGUCUGAAUGAAACAUUAGGUGUUUCUGACAAAUGGGAUGCUAGAUUUGUGGGCAUUUGUGGGUAGAUGAGGCUGUGUUCUGCGUGAGAGAGUUUGUUAGUGAAAUUUGGAUAAUUAAUUAAAAUGUUUUGGUAUA